AUGAAGGAACAGCCGGUGUUUUCCUUUGCUUGCAAAAGAGAACUGAAAUCAAGGACGCUGGCAUCUGCUCGCGCGGUCAAAGUUGCCGAAGAUAGAACAGUAGACCCAGCUCUGUUGUUCCAGAGGUUUCUUGUUGUAUCUCAAACAGGAGACCUUUCUCUUGAAGAGGUAUUGAGCUAUGAACUUUCCCCAUACCCUCCAUCAUUGUUUGAGGCAAAAAACCUGCUACGCAAAGCGGACAAAGCCCAACUUCUUGAUGGUCUUAAAAACCAUGUUGCAUCUUGUUCCGUUGAAGCAGCCCUUCAUUAUAUUCCAGAGGUCGAGCACAACGUCCUAAAUGGAGGGCCCCUUCUUCAUCGAUUAAAGUGGACUGAAGGAAAGACUUAUAGUUCCAUUGCCAACGCCUAUACAGAUUUCACAGUGAAGCAUUAUGGAAAGGCUACUGUCAUCUUCGAUGGUUACGGUGGCGGACCAAACAUUAAGGACCAUACUCACCAGCGGCGUAGCCAAAGUCGCAUUGCUAACAAAGUCGAUAUUUCCGAAGCGACGAAAUUUGCAGGGAAGAAAGAUUUCCUUUCCAAUAAUGAAAACAAACAGGCCCUAAUCCAUCUUGUAUCCACCAGUAUGAGGGACAGAGGUUGCCAUGCCAUACAAGCUGAAGGAGAUGCAGAUGUAGAAAUUGUUAAAGCUGCAGUAGCGACGUCGUCCUACAAAACAUGUCUCAUAUGCGAAGAUACGGAUCUGCUAGUGUUGUUGCUUCAUCAUGCAUCGAGCAAUGGUAAAAAGAUCUACUUCCGCUCGGACAAAGGGGGUUCUACGACAGUGUUAGACAUAAAGGUCAUAAAGCAGGUGCUUGGGAAUGAAAUCUGUUUUAAUCUGUUGUUUCUUCAUGCUUUCACGGGGUGUGAUACCACGUCACGGAUUUUUGGAAUUGGAAAAAAGUCUGUCUUACAAAAGUUUAUUAAAAAUGAAGCGACCCUAAACAGCUGCGAUAAAGUCUUUUCUUCACCAAACCAAGACACGGAUGUUAUUGUAGAGUCUGGUUCUAAAGCGAUGGUUGCAUCGUUCAAUGGAAAACCCGGAGGAAGUCUGUUUGUAAUCAGAUACUCCACCAUUUGCAAAAACGUAAGUGCAGCCAAAAACUUCGUCGUACCUGAACGAUUCCCACCAACAACAUCUGCGACGAAACAUCAUGCUCUGAGGUGCUAUCCAGGGCUUUUUUUAACAUACAAGCUGGGGGCAAAUGCCCAUCCCCCAGUCCCCCCUUGUGCCCCCCCCCCGCCCACGAAAUCAAAUCAUCCCUUUUUCCUAAAUUUAUACCAACAAAACAGCGAAGAAUAACAAAUAAAUAAACGGAAAGUAAGUUUUAGGCUUUAUCCUUUGUUCUUGUUUAACAAAAUCGAUUUAAAUUGUUACGGUUUUCUAUCACUAAGUAAUGAUAAAUUAUUGUUAAAAUGUUUUUAUUUUUUCGAUGCUCAGAAUGCAGGAAGGAGCAUUUCCAGGUUUCAAAUUUGAAAAAUUUUCCGGAAAUUAUGCCCUCACACACGUGGCCUUCGGCCAUUGGUAUCCCCCUCUAAUAAGUAUAAUGAUAAAUUACGGUUAAUAUUCUUUUUUACUUUUUGUGCAUUUUUUCCUUCUUUUAUUUCAAAUACAAGUAUAGUUAGCAUAAAUUUUAGAGCAAAUUUGGAUGCUCAGAAUGCAGGAAAUGAUAUUCCCGUGUUUCAAAUUUCACAAAUUUUCUGGGGGAGUACACGCCCACUCACGUAACCAUUGCUAUCCUCUUCUGAUAAGUAAUGAUAAAUUAUGGUUAAUAUUUUUUUUUACUUUUUGUUGGUUUUUUCCUUCUUUUAUUUCAAAUACAAGUAUAGUUAGCAUACAUUUUGGAGCAAAUUUGGUUGCUCAGAAUGCAGGAAAUGGCAUUUCCGUGCUUCAAAUUUCAAACAUUUUCUGGGGGUGUACACCCCCAGACCCACCCCCAUCCAUGCGUGCAUGGUAUGUUGGUUACACACGUGGCCUUCAGCCAUUGCUAUCUCCCUGUAAUAUAUUAUCUCACAGAAAGGUCCCUUUUCAAAAAAUGCCCCCCCCCCACGGGAAAAUCCUUAAAAAAGGCCCUGGUGCUAUCUCCAAGUAAUGCAAUGGAUGGGCAUGGAUGAGACUCUAGAUCCAAGAGAGUGGGGAUGGGACAACAACAGGUUGAUCCUAGUUCCAGUAAUGAUGGACACUGCACUUGCACCAGAAGGACAUCUGAAAAUGAUUCACUGCAACUGUUCUGGUUCAUGUAGCACACUUAAUCGCUGUACUUGCAGAAAACACGGAUUAAAUUGUUCACGGGCAUGCGGAUCAUGUCAAGAUGGAUAA